UCUGUAAACAUCCCCAUGUCAUCCGCCCCUCCUCAAAGACAACCUGAAGAUGGCCAUACAUUCGCCCGAGUGAUACAGGUGUGUACGAGAAUAUGCCUACAAUUCUGGAUUUGCUCGGGUUAAUUGUCUCCUGUCUUGCCAAAUAGUUCAUGAUCAAUAAAGCUGCUAGCGGGUCAAUCAAAGAGCUCGACGGACUAUGCAACAUCGCACAACAUUGGAAACCAGAGCAACUUCUGACAUUGCUACCAGUCUUCUAUCAUCACCUUGAUCCAGCUCGCAUCCCCGAUGUCGUCACUUCAAGGGAUGUGAGAAGUAUCAUGCUCGCAAGGUACUCCCUUAAAGGAGUGCUAGUCACGCUGAAUCGUGUCAAUCACCCAAGAGAAUUGACGCAGGCGCUACAGAGCAUUGCCGACAACCUAAUAUCCAACUGGACUCGUUGUCAUCUCUGGGUCAAUUUCUUUUAUCGUCACUUCUUCGCUUCCAGCAACCCUGCCCGCCUUCCAGGUCUUCUCAUAACUAGAUCAGAAGCGCUGAAGCUAGUUGUCAACAUGUUAAUGCGGAUGAGUUUGAUCGGCGACUCACAAACACCACAGUCCCUCAUCAAUACACCAUCUCUACACCCCAUUAUCUCACAGCUGUGGUGCAUGGCGGUCACCUCAAAGGAUAAUGACUUUCUCACCGAAGCUGACAAGGUCAUGGGCAGCAAGGAACAAGGGGCUUUCCAAGAGCACAUGUCAUACAUGGUGCAGGCAUGUCUGGAUGUCGACCAUCCUUCUUUUGUAUCGACCCUUAUUCAUGUCGCUGGAGGCAUUAGAGCCAUAGCUUCUAUUACCUCCAGAUAUCUCAGAAAUAUCCGCUGUCUGUACAGGAAGAAGGUUGUUUCUGGACAAAGUAUCGACGAUACGACUUCAUGCGAUUCUACUUUCGGGGUGCCUCGUUGGCAAAUAAUGCUCAUUAAUUGCUUUGGGAAUUGUGCAAACCUACUGUUCGUUACUAGUCAACAGAACUGCGCCUUGCGAGAGGCCUAUAUCGAUCGCAACCUCGUGGCCAUCGUUAUCUAUACCCUUCGUGAUCUAUGUCAACUCUCUCUAACCCUGAAGCACGAUGACUUCGCUAAACACGUGAAGAAAGCGUUUGAGGAUGCUUUAGGUUACAUUGCAUUACUCAUGGGAGGUCCUGUGGAUGACCUUGUGGCCGUUAUAUGUCAAGCCCUUCGGGCGCGAUUCCUCCCUACCGUCCUUCAAGCUCAUACCUGUAUUCCUGGUGCAGAUACGGCGGAAUGUCUUAAUGCAUUGUUGAUUACUGCCCUUCGUUCAUACCUCACAUUCGACAAGGUCUUGCGGAUCGCAGGGAGCGAGCUAGAGGCUGACGAGAAAUCGCUAGAUGCGAAUGCUCAGCGCGAUACAGACCUACUACAGGCCUGGAAUCUGUUCAAAAAAGAUGUUCGACGCUUCUUAGACCUUAGAAGUCAGAUACCCGCGGCAUCGAUAUUCUUCGAUCGUCAAUGCGCUGCUGUGCAUGUGAGUGAACCAUAUACUUUUUCCCGUCUAGAGACUGUUGCUAAUCAGCCCCUGAUUUUGAAGAACACCGAUGAAUGGCAUCCACAGUGGGAUCUAUUCCAGUGUGCCAGGUGCACAGUUGCGAGAUAUUGUUCUAGACAAUGCCAGAAUAUAGAUUGGGACCAGGGACAUCGUAUGGCGUGCAAGUACCUCAAAGCUGCCAUUGGCGCGUCUCCUUAUGUAACCUGAUACCUUUUGCAUACUGAGACAUUCACAGGCCCGAAUUCUUCACGGUAUAUCAGGAGGAGCCUCUUCCUUUUGGCCAAGAUUGAAGACGCUGAGAUUCAGUCCCAUCGAGAUUUCAUCUCUCAAUUGUCGGUGACCGCUCAAGCAGAAUACCCGGAGUUCCAAGAUCGUCUUGUUCUUGAGAUCGAUCCUGUUGCAGAGGCACCCAUAGACAAAUUCAAAUACAAGCCAGUGUCCAACUAUCUUCAUAUCUUUCCGGAGGCAUCGGAG